UGUACACGAGCCAAGCUUAAGGUAAGUCAGAUUGGGAAAUGCGUGUCUGUCCAAAGAAAAGUCAUUGCAGUGUUUUUUUAUGGCUUUUAGACAAAAACUACUAACUUCAAUUAUAGCUUGAUAAUUAGAAUGGGCACUGAAGAAAAGCAAGUUGAGUCUGCAUCUUAUCCACCUCCACAAGAACAAGGAUCACCAAAUAAGAAGAAAAAUCCUCCUGCAAAUCAUCUUGAGGGACAAGCAGCUGAGUCCACUGAUCCACUCAGCACAUACUCAUGGCAAAGUACCUCACUGGGUUCAUUUUAUGAGGUGACUGAAGAUGGAGCGGCCUCUGCAGCACCGACAACUGAGAGGAUUCAAAAGGGCAAUAAAUGGAGCAAAAUGCAACUGUGGCGCAAGACACUGAGUGAGGAAGACAAAACAUCCAAGAUGAACUCACCAGGAAAGAAUCCCUUCAGGAGGGCACUAUCUUUGCCUCCUGCGUCCCUUUUUGCCACCCUGACCCAGUCUUCUAGCUCUGCCAGCGCACCCCAAGGAGAACAGUCAUCUCCUUCUGCUGCAGAGGCCACUUGGGAACCUGAACAAGGAGGAGGAGGAGCUCGUUUCAAAAAGUACUGGAGGUCUAUGUCUCAGAAACUCAAAAGGCCCAGACUAUACAGUCGAAAUAGCACCCCUACAUUGUUAUCAGGUGAGAAUGAAGCUGUGUCCACAGAACUUGAGAAAAACCAGUGGGCGCAACCCCAGGAGGUUCCCUUAUGGAACAUUAACAACUGCAUUUUUCAAGAUGGACAGAUUCUCAUCUGCUCCGAGGAAGACCCAACAAUUUGGACACGAACCCGUGUUCACAGCUGCCUGUCCAACCUCAGCAUGCAGAAUCUUGUAGACAUUGAUGCUGAAUGUAGUCCUGACCAAAUGGGCCCUCGACCAAAGAAAGAAGAUGGCGGUGUGCGAGCAUUGAUUAAGCGACGUCUGGAGAAUAAGGCCAAAAGAAAUAGCAACACACAACUGAACCACGUGGGAUUAAACAAAGGAAGCAGGCACUAUGGAUCAAAGGAGUCUGUAUCAAUUCCUGUGAGUCCAGUUGGGAGUGUAGAUCUGAGUGCAGAUGCCAGCACUGUGGUCAGGCCAGUCCACAGCUCAAUUUUAGGGGAGAAGUACUGUUUUGAGGUCAUAAACUCCGAGAACACGCACUGCUUUGGUUGCUCCUCAGCUGCAGAGCGUGAUCGUUGGAUUGAAGACCUGAGAAGGGCUGCCCAACCCAAUAAGGAUAACAUUGAGCGCACAGAGAACUCCCUAAAUCUGUGGGUGAAAGAAGCAAAGGAUCUGCCGCCUAAACGCCGUUAUUACUGUGAAGUACACUUGGAUGGGACUCUGUUUGCCCGUACCACGAGCCGCCUUGUUGGAAAGGCACACAGUCGCUCUAGCCUUGCUGUGGAAUGCUCUACUGGCUCUUCAGGAAGCCUGGGUGGCAGCGGAGGUGUUUCUGGGGGGUGUCAGUUGUUCUGGGGAGAAUUCUUUGAACUUGACAAUCUUCCAUGCAUCUCCCAAAUCACCUUGCAUCUCUUCCGCGAGGAAGACCCCAAGAAAAAGCGCCAUUCCCGAGAUGAUUACAGUCUGCAUCCACUGGGUAGUGUGAAUAUUCCAUUAGUUGAUAUCCAAGGGAGGACCUAUCAGGAAAAGUGGUAUCCCAUCAUUCCUUACAAGCUCCCAGGCGUUGGGAGCGCCAAAGAGCAUCUGGGGCCUCAUGCUUCUCUCCGCAUCAAGGCCCGUUUUCAGAAUCUGCAGGUUCUACCUAUGGAAAAAUACAAGGAGUUUGCUGAGCAUGUGACUAUUAAUUAUGUAGAAAUGUGCAAAAGCUUAGAGCCUCUUCUGAAUGUGAAGGAAAAAGAGGAGCUGGCCGGGGCUCUUGUGCAUGUGUUGCAGAGCGUCGGCAAGGCAAAGGAGUUCCUUGUUGAUUUGGGCGUCUCGGAGGUUGAACGUCACGGAGAAAAGGAAGCGCUUAUCUUCAGAGAGAACACACUUGCCACUAAAGCCAUAGAUGAAUAUAUGAAGUUGGUUGGACAAAAAUACCUCAUCGACACACUAGGGGAUUUUAUUAUACGACUUUAUGGAAUGGGGGACAACUGUGAAGUUGACCCCCGCAAAUGUCAUGCCUCCGAUCUAUCAAACAAUCAGAGGCACUUGAAGGAAGUGUGCGACGAGGUGGUGCAAAAAAUUAUUGACCUCCACGGACACUUUCCCGAAGAAUUAAACAAGAUUUUUUCAAGUUGGAAAGAGAUGUGUGAAAACCAAGGAAGACCAGAGAUUGGUCCACGUCUUAUCUCUGCUUCCCUCUUCCUUCGUUUUUUGUGUCCCGCUGUCCUCAGUCCGUCCCUUUUUGGUUUGAUACAACCAUACCCAGAGCAAAAUACCCUGCGCACACUCACCUUGACUGCCAAAGUCAUUCAGAACUUGGCAAACUUCACUCUGUUUGGAGAGAAGGAAGAGUACAUGCUAUUCAUGAAUGAAUUCUUAAAGCAGCAUUGGGAUAGAAUGAGGGGCUUUCUCCAAACAGUAUCAAAUCCAUGCAGUGAGGUCCCAAUGAGCUCUUUUGAUGGCUAUGUGGAUCUACCGCUCCGACUGGCAGUGUUGCAUAGCCUGCUAGUUGAUAUCCUUUAUCGACGGGAUCAGGAGACAAUAGAGAGAUUGGAUCCUCUACCUUUGAUUCUGAACCAGAUCACAGAGUCACUAGGCCCUGAGAUACAUAAGAUCACAAUUAACAACCCAAGAAAACAGGCCAAGCCAAUCUAUGUUCCUCCAAAAGAUUUGGUAAAAUUCAGCCCCCAUCAAUCAUCCCUCCAGCAACUGCCUCAGGAUGUCAAAAGACCAAGAGAUGGAGACAACAAAGCUUGGAGAAGAAAUCCAGUCAUCAGGACCCAAAGUGCCCCACAUAGACGUCCUGAAAAGAGACUGAAGAGGCAGGCAAGUUCUGAAGCUCUGCCCACAGCCAACCACGAGCAAGAUUUGGAAACACACCAACCCAUGAUCUCGUCACCAACUACCGAAGCAAUCAAACCAUGUGCACCAGUUCCUUGGAUUAAAGAUACGCAAAACAGGCAAUCCACAGAGAUGAAGUCUGAGCAGGAGGAACUCAGUUUACUGGAUAGGCAUGCCCAGGAAUUGUCUGAGCUUCGCCAGGGAAUUGACCAGGUUACUGAGCGUGAGUUGGAAAUGGCAAAACGACUGGAGGACUUCAUUAACCAAAGUCAGGACCAGAAUGCAAUACUGCAAACUGAAAUGAAUGAGCUCCGGAAUCUACUGGCUGUGCGAGAGGAACAGCUUGCUAGCGCCACCUUCAGGUUGGGUGUUAUAGAGGAAGAGAGAGAGGAUGAUGUGCGCAAGAUUAAUGUCGCAAUUGCAGCAACUGAGCGCAUGAACAUACUGGAGGAGCAGUUUGCUAACUUGAUGAAAGACAUUCAUCAGCUCACUAAGAUGUGCAACAAUGAACAAGCUGGUGAAAACUAACAAAACUCUCAGUAAAUAAUCAUUUAUUUCUGAGGGCUUGCCUCAGUUUUGUAUUGUUGGUGUUCAUCAUAAAUGAGGGCACCGCCCAAAUAAAGCUUUUAUUCAUUUCUCAGUACACGCAACGUAUCUAAACAUUUAUGCUAAUAUUGACAAAUGGCCAUUGGUUAAUAAUGAAUGUACAAUGAAGUAUUGUGUAGUUGUGUGCUCAGUGUGCUGCAUCAUACUGAGACCUGUCUGUAAUAUACAAAUAUGUAGGCUGUCUUGUAAAAGUACAGUAGUUCAGACAAAGUAUUAGACACAGCUCUUAUUAUGAUCCGUUAUAGUUCUGCUCUGCUGCAAACUACAACCACAAGAUUGAGAAUAUGUAAUCGGAUGUUAACUCUAGCAUUGUCAAUUGAGAGCAUUACCUUAAAGUUAAGACAGAAUUUUACAACUAUUUUGAUGGCUCUCAUAUGGUUUUAUACCUUGAGUAUGUUGUCAUAACGUGGCUUUUAAGUAUAUAUGUACUCCCUCUAUAAGAGGCUGUGUAAAAGUCUACCAAUAUAUGUGAUGUUUUAACAGCACAAUAACAACGGUAAAUACCAAUUUCUCUGUCUCAUUAUUGAAUAUGCUAAGAAAAACAAGACCAUUCUAAAAGCCUAAUAUUUUGUGUGAUCUCUUUUACACUUAGUAUAGGCUAAUUGUCAAAACAACAACAACAAAGAAACCAAAAAAAAAACUGUAUUUGUCACGAACAUGUUGUAUUUUUACAAAUAUCUAUUUGUGUUUUAUCAAUCCAUCAAGCACCAAUGAACAAACUGCAACUAAUGCAAGACAAGAAAUGUGACUUUACAACAAUUUUAGGUGGCAGUAACCAGCCCCUCUAAAACCAAAAUGCUGAAGCCUGUAUCUGUUCCACUGUAAAAUGACAGCUGUGACAAAGGUCUUUAAAAGCAGAACCAAAGUUGCAGCCUGAUAUAAAUAAGUUCACUUUGCUGAGUUGGAAACUUGUUGUGAACUUUGUCCUUUUUCUCAUGGGGCAGAAAGCAAAGGUGUUGGUCACACUUGUCAAGCUGAUCGAAAAAUGUCAUUGUUCCCUUAUAUUCUUAAAGUAUCUACUGUAGAUGCUUGACACAGUGGCUACUGUGUCCCCAUGGCUACUCCUGGUGAUGUUAAGUAUGCAUCAGAGUACUCUAACCUGCCAAAAGUACUAUUUUUGUGUCACAUGUGCUCACCCAUUACACAUUAUGCCCAGAGUGAAUACGCCCUAAUGUCCUUAACAAUAAGCAGGUUACUAAAGAAGGGCGGAAAAAAAUGCAUGACAACCAUUCAAAACACAUAUGCAAAAACACACCAUGGUAUUAUGACGUUUGGAAUGUAUUAUAUAAAGACUUUUGUGAGUCAUACACCUUUAAUUCUUUUAUUAUAUUAUGAAACUUGUAAAUUAUGAUUAGAGUAAGCAACUCCUCUGGGACCUUCAUUAAAAUAGGUUUACCUAAGAAUGUCAAGUAAUUCCACUGAGGCAAACAAAGCAAGAUCUCACAUUCAUAUACUGUAUGUGAAAUCUAAUGUAUAUCACAAAAUAUAAUUAGUAAGAAACAUGCAAAUCUCUUGUCAUACAACAAUAUGAAUCUAUAAAUGUAAUGAAGUGUGUACUAACCAAGCAUCGGAUCCACUAUGAAAAGAAUGGAUGGUAAUCAAAAAUGUGAGGGAAACUUCACUAAAUUUAUGUGUUUCAUAGGUUUUUGAAUUAAUGUACUCUUCACCCACAAAGCAGUGUUUGAUUUGAGUGUAACAUAUUUAUGUGGGAGUGCUCAGUGUCAGUGAGUCAGCUGUGCUACACAAUGGCUGGAGGAGGUAAAACUCCUAAACUUUCCCCCACUCAUAGAAAACAAAAUCGCUAGUAUGGGGAUACUUCAGCUACAGAAACGUUACAGAGGAGGAGGGCCUCAGACAUGUAAAACAUGUUUGCGGAGGGUGGCUGCUGAGCAGGCAAUACCUCCAAUAUGAUUUUGCAUUUAUACAAAAUUAAAGGUUAGUAAACACUGUCAUGAACGUUUCCCACCAGCGACGAGAGUUAAUUCCAGCAUGUUGAGUGUGAAUAGCAGUGGUAAAACAUGUGCCAUUUUUUCUCUCUGGCAACUGUCUGUGUUGGGAAACAGAGUGUGUGUAUAAUGUAAACAUAAUAUGAGUAACACACUUGGUUUUUAUGGAAAGUACCGUAAUUAAAUUAUUUUUGUUCUGAUGGUAAUAAUGUUGAGCUGUGGCUAUGGGCUUAUGCUCACCUAAGGGACUGCAUUUAUUUUAAUUUUAUUUAGAAUAUUUCAGUUAUAUGGUGGCCGGGUGGUUAGCACGUCCGCCUCACAGUUUUGAUAUCAAGGGCUCAAUGGUUUCCUUCCACAUCCCAAAAACAGGAGUGGUAGGCUGACUGAACAUUUGUUGAACAUUGUUUGUAGGUAUGAGUGUGUGCGUGAAUUGUUGUAUGAGUCAUCUGGCCCUGCGAUUGGCUGGCAACCAAUUCAGGGUGUACCCCGCCUACUGCCCGUUGUUAGCUGGGAUAGGCUCCAGCAUCUCCGCGACCCUCGUGAGGAAAAGCGGCAUGGAAAAUAAUGAAUGAAUAUUUCAGUUAUUUUUGGUUAUGUUUUUUUAUGUAUUUCAACUUAACAUUAUACUUAUGUUCCAAUGUGCUAAUAUGUGUUGAAAAAUAAAAAUCCUCUUGAAUGGAAAACGUUUUUUUAUUUUUAUUUUUUUUCCCAGAUAUGUCAAAGUAACACACUGUGGAGCUGUAAUCGCAAUACCGUGCAACCGUGAUAUUUUUGCGUAAGGUUAUUAUACUGUCAGAAUAUCAUACUGGAACAUGCCUAAUACAUACAUACAGAGAUCUGAGUCAAUAUUCAAAGAAAUAACCAGAAAAUUCAUUGACUGCUCAGUUUUUUUUAAAAUUGCAAAAUGGAAUAAACAAGCAAUAAAGUUGUCAACACUGUCAACAGAAGCUUAACAAGCUCAAAAACUCCAAAAUUUAGCUUAUUGGCGGAGUGCAAGCAGUUACCAGGUGCAUACCGCCACCUAAUGUACAAGAGUGAGGUGGUUUUAAUUGGUCAAGAUCUUGUUCACCUGCCUAUCUUGCCUGUAUUUGUGUUGCUGCCUCUAGUGCUCAGUUACGGUAUAGUGGCACGGGGUUUAUCAAUUGAGGCAUA